CUACAACAAAUCAUAGCGACCACGGCUCUCACCCAACCACGCAGCUUCAAACCCAAGGCGAAGCUUCCAUCUGUUCGCUUAUUCGGACGAGACUGGCCAUGUCACACAACUGAACCUGAUCGUGAGGCGACAAAAGUCCCCAGCGUGUCGCGUGAAACCGUCAUGAGGAAAUCCCUGCGUCCUCAAUAAGCGUCGUAUCACUGCCGUCAUGUCCGCCAAAGAUGAGGGUAACCGGUUGACGGUUCCCAAAUUCGCGUCUUUCAAGACCAAGGAGGCCCCUGGGGAGCUAAAGGCGCCGAGGUUCUCCUCCUUUAAGCCAAAGGACCCCGAGAAACCCACCGAGAGCGCCAGUGCUGCAGACGACGGGAAUGAUCGAGACGCGAGACGGAAAAGGGCACGUCUGUCUGAAAACUGGCACUCCGAUAGCCAACGCCACCGCCAUCACUCCAGAAGCCAUCGCCACGACUCUCAUCAUCGGCCAAAAGAACACUCCAAACCCUCCAGUCGAUCAGAGACGCCAGUUCGGCAGGGACCAAAUGUCAAACCUACACGGGAGGAAGACACCACCUCCAAGCUCUAUUUCAUUGACACCAAGGGCGAUCCCUUAAUAGUCAAAUACGGUGGUAUCGACAAGUCUCAUAUACCCUCUUAUUACCGCUAUGGAUACGGCAGAGUCCUUGGGACUACAGGCCGCCUUGUGAUACAUCGCGAGGGGGCCAGAGACCAAUUCAGUCUCCGCAUGCCUGGCGAGGGGACGUCGGCUUUCAAGGAUAGAGAUGGCCUCCGCUCCAAGACUUGGAGAGUCACCUCGAAUCCCAGAAGGAUCCGGAGGCAAGAGGUAGAGGCGAAGUCCGAUGACGACGAGGACUUCCUGCCCUUAAGGACAUCCAAGAAACGGAAGCAUGGUCCAGCCGACCCUGAAUCCUCAGAAGAUGACCAACAACCCACUUACCGGUCAAUUGAAGGCAAGGCAAAGCCACGUCAGUUCUCGGAUAGCGACCUGGACUCCGACUCCGAAUCGGCUGCCGAAAUGUUCAACGCGGACCAGAGCAACCCACUCAAGUGGAAGUCGAUCCAGCUUUCACGUCAAGUCAAGGACCACCCAGAAGAUAUCGAUGCUUGGUUAGAGCUUGCAAAUCAUCAAGAUGCCCUCUUGAGAGCAGGUGAAGACAUCGAUCACAAGGCCUUGGAAGGCGAGGUGCAUAGUUAUGCUGAGAUCAAGCUUUCUAUGCUCGAGUCUGCUUUGUCGAACGUGUCGGAUCCCCAAGACCGGCUGCGCGUACUGGUGCCUCUGAUGCACGAGGGAAUCAAGGUGUGGACUAGCAAGGCUGCCUCAAAAAAGUGGACAGAGCUGCUUAAAGACGAGGAUAAGAGCUUUACACUCUGGAAGACACACCUUAACUUUGCCAUGUCCAAUAUUACGACCUUUCACUAUGAUGACAUCAAGAGGAUGCACCUUGACCGGCUUCAUCAAACUAUCCGACGGCCCGAAUCGGACGGUAUGGAGGAGAAGUUUAGUGAACUCGUCUACAUUUUCCUGAGAGCUACUAGGUUCAUUCAUGAUUCGGGAUACAAGGAGCUUGCCGUAGCUGCAUGGCAAGCUGUUUUGGAACUCAACAUUUUCCGGCCCGCUGAGGUGGAAGGGUAUGACCAGGCCCUGGCUGAGUUCCGCGACUUCUGGGAGAGCGAGGUCCCAAGGAUCGGAGAGGUUGAUGCUCAGGGCUGGGCUAGGUUCGUGGAAGCUGGUGGCAUAGGUGAUCCGCCAGAGCCGCUUGAGGAUGGAGGUGAUCUCAGAAGCCAAUCUAGAGACGACUACAAAGUCUGGGCGAGCAUCGAGCAUAACCGAGCUGAGAAAGCCAAGAUCCCGGCAAGGACCAUGGAUGAGGGCACUGAAGAUGACCCGUUCAGAGUAGUGAUGUUCUCUGAUAUUGAGCAACUACUCUUCGUUAUCCCCCGUAGUGUUCUGGCAGAGUUGGUACCGCAACUUCUCGAUGCAUUCUUGGUGUUCAUGCGGUUACCACCAGCCUUUAAGUCUGGUGAGUGGGCAGAAGGCGCAUAUCACGACCAGUUCUUGGCGGGGCCAGCCCCUGGAAGUGAGUUGCUGACAGUCGAGAAACCUACUGGGAUUGACGGCCUCUCUGAGGAAAUCAAACGGAAGCCACCUUCAUUCGACCAAGAGGGGCUCCACGCUGCGUCUUCGCUGGAUGUGUUGUUUGCCGGAACUAAUUGGUUCACUUAUAUGUCUCAGAGCAUCAAAAAUAGCGAGCCUGAAUUGGGACUUGUGAUUAAUGCCACGAGGCAACUUGUUCAUGCAGCCAGGAUUGAGGGUCUAGGCGAGUAUUAUCUGGGGCUGUGCUCAAUUAAGGACUGCGCCGGCGUCAAGAAACAAGCCAAGGCGCUCCUCAAGCAAUAUCCCACUAACCUUAGCCUGUAUGGUGCUUACGCCCUGGCCGAGUUUUCGAACAACAACCAUGGGGUUGCUACCAAAGUUCUUGCUUCUGCUACUGAGCUUGCAUCGAAGUUACCAAGUUCGAGUGCGUUCUUGCUCUGGCGAAUUUGGUCCUGGAUGGAACUUGAGCUUGGGCACAAAAACGUAGCCAUCAGGAGACUAUGUUCGUCAGUGGACGAAGUGUUGAGGUCCAAGCCAGAGGAUGUCGAAGUUUCACAAACAAUGGUGCUCAAGGCGCAGCAAACCUUCUCUUCCAACUUGGCUCACUCGCUUAUCACUGGAAACCUCGAUGACGCCUCUAUCUAUGCCGAGUGCCUUGCUCUAUUGGCCUACCUAAGAGCGGACGGUUGCACGGAACCUUCCUCGGCCGCGCAAGGUAAUAUUUCAGCUGCGAUGGAGACCAUCCAUUCUCAAUCUGCGGAAUUCAAGUCGCGAGGAUAUGAAUCAUCUAAAGCCCAUGAAAAAAACCUGCAGUUUGCCGCAAGGAUUUUGUAUCUCAACGCCACUCGAGGGCCUUUUCGGAGAGCGUACAUGCUUGAGCAGCUGGGCAAGUUCAUAGCGUUCUUUCCUCGUAACACCAUCUUCCUGUCUCUUUUCGAGUGGGCUGAUGCUAGUCUUCGUGUGGUUGACGAGGUACGGACACUGCUUCAUGAAACGGUCCUCGUGCCGGGGCAAGACUGUGUGAGCAGCAGAUUGUUUGCCAUACAGCACGAGAUACAACGAGGAAAUGUGAACACGACAAAGGCGGCGUUUGAGCAUGCAGUUACAAGCGACGUGUGCAAAUCCAGCGUACCGGUGUGGGUUUUAUUCAUCAAGUUUUGUGGUUUGCAGAGGGAGCUCCGGGCCAAAGCAAAGGACAUCUUGUUCCGAGCACUAAGACACUGUCCGUGGUCGAAGGACGUCAUGAUGGAGGCGUUUUACACGCUGAGCCGGGACAUGGAGUCCACAGAGCUCAGGGGUGUGUUUGAUACCAUGACGACCAAGGGUCUCAGGGUUCAUGUGGAUAUGGAAGAGUUUCUAGACAAGAGACGGAAGGAGAGGCGAGGGAAGAAGGAUCUGGCAUGAUGGAAAUCCAUGUUAGAGUACAUGUUCCAUUCUUUGAUAAAAUUUUAAUAACAAGCCAGUUCUAUCGGUAA